ACUCCGGUCGUACAGAUCGAGAAUAACCUCGUGUAACUCUUGUGUCGCCGUCACUCAUGGCUGUAUUAUAUUCGUCUACUAUCAUCUAGCCGCCCAGCUUUGAAUUCACGUUGAGUGAAGCCAUUCUCUCUGGUCAUUGGACUACAUCACACAUCGGCGCUUUCUAGGAACACUGGAUUGGUCAAACGUAAGUCUCGGCGCGUCGCAAAGAAGAUGACACAAAUUGUCGAGUGAUUGGUGCAGCGUGCCGUGUUCGACUGCGGUGAAGCGCGCGGUUGUAUAGUCCUGUCUCCACCUGGGCACAGGCUGGAAUUCUAUUUUCGAACGACGAACUGAACAUGCCGCUCAGCGCAAUUGUGGCCCAGGGCGAAUCUAUUCACGCCCCCAGCUAGCGUUGAGUGAGCGCAGGCGUAACAUCGAGAAUGUAUCUUGAUCUUAAAAACAAAUGUUCCGACGAGCAGCGAACCGACCUCCGCAUCCACCACGAUGCGCAGAGCUCUACAAAAAGGUCCCUGGGUGACGAAGCGCGGUUGGGCUCUACGCGUAAAGCACAAAUCCCAAGAACUUCGACCAAGUGCUGGUCGGCGCACUUUCUCGAUGGCAAGCAAUGUCAUGGGCGAGCAGAAUUCAUUUGCUAAGUAUAGUGGAGGAGUCAACGGAGACCUGCAUCAAAUAACGCGCGCACGAUUCGUGCAGAAUGAAGCAGAGGAAGCAGUCGCUCAUCGUGUUGCAUACGACAUAGAUGCCCUUGCCAUUGUCGCAGCACGCGCAGCAAGUUCCAAAGCAUGUAUCCGCGUUGACGCCCUGCCAGGUGGCAUGCACAACAAGGUUUUACUGCUCACAAUGGACGACGAGAAACAAGUCAUCGCGAAGCUUCCAUAUCCAGUUGCUGGUCAGCGGCAUUUCACGACUGCUAGUGAGGUCGCCACGAUGGACUGGCUGCGGACGUCAACGACGACACCUAUACCGAAAGUCCUGGCGUGGUGUAGUCGAGCUGAGACCACCCCUGUGAAAGCCGAAUAUAUCAUCAUGGAAAAGGCAUUUGGUGUACCCCUGAAGACCAAAUGGGCGGAGCUGAAGGUGCCGGAGCGAUUUGAAGUGGCUAAAUAUAUUGCACAGCUUCAAGAGCAGUGGUCUGCCGCAUCGCUAGGCGGAUACGGAAGUGUUUAUUAUGCGUCCGAUCUGCCAGAACAUCAGGCCAUUGCGCUUCCACACACAACCGAAGACGAUACGAAUACCAGAUUUGUGAUUGGUCCAUCAACUGGCCGGGAUUGGCUGGAUGAAGGGCGGCAAUGUUUGGACUUUGACAGAGGACCAUGGACCGUGACUGAAAAAUACCUUGAAGCUGUGGGUAAAAGAGAACUGAUCUGCAUUAACCAGAUCCCUACCCUGCCUCCACCACAGAUCACGCUUUGCGGCCCUGGAACAUACACUUCGACUAGAGCCAAAAAGCUACGAGCAGUAGAUCUAUACCUCCAGAUCUACAAAUACGUUGCUCCUUCCGAUAUCGAUAUUCGAAAGCCUGCGAUAUGGCACCAGGAUUUGCACGUGGAGAACAUCUUUGUGGAUCCCAACGGCCCGACGAGAGUCACAUCUAUCAUCGAUUGGCAAUCGACGGAGAUUGCCCCUCUCUUUGCACAAGCCCGCGUGCCGCAAUUCCUUGAGCACAAUGGUCCGCGAGCAGAAGGUCUUGAGCGUCCACGGUUGCCCCCAAACUUCGAUGCACUCGAGCCAGCCGAGCAACAGAGAGUCAACCGCUUGACUUUGGAUCAAGGGCUCUGGGUAGCCUACAAGAUAUGGAUUCGUGCACGAAACCCUGCCUUUUGGAAGGCACUCGAGUUUCAAGAGACCGCAGCUUUUGAGCUGCUGCUCUGCGCGCGAACCCUGCUUGAGGACGGUGAAGCUAUAUAUGCAGCUCGGUUCCUCGACCUUCUCGAAGAGGAUGAUGCGAAUGUCCGGAACUCCGGCGUAGAGAUACCCGCUGAUAUUGCUGCUGAGAUCCGGUCCGACAGCAAAGAUGCAUUAGAAGGAAUGAAGGCCAUGUCUAUGAUCAAGGAGACGAUCGGCGACCUGUUCCCUGAGCGCGGCGUCGUGCGUGCCGAACAGUACAAGCACGCAAAGAACGCCCUCGCCCAGUGCAAGGAGCAGAUCGUCGAAAUAUAUGCCCGCAGCGACGCUGACCGCGCAGCGUGGGAUGCGUCGUGGCCGUUCGACGAUGAAUGACGAUGUGAUGUACGAUAGCUAAGGUUCUGCUCUACGAUACUCCGCUCAAUGCAUCUGCGACUUUUCCCAAGCUGCCACAAUGACCGCAUACCCGAACAUCAUCCUUUUGUAGACAAGGGUAUGUUUAUAGCAGAGGAGGUGUACCGGAAUGAGUGUCGAUACCACCGCACCGGGUGACGUUGGAACACAUAAAUGACAAUGAGAGGGAUUUCGAUAUCUCCACGGUGAUGAACCUUGCUGGUUCGAGUGUUGAGGAUCUCGAAAUGGUGGAUCGCUCGCUAGACGUGAAUUUUAGGGCGCAUUUCGGUUCUGCCUUACAAUCGUUGUGAGCGUCACCCUAUGUUCACUGACUUUGCUUGUAUGACUUUCAUAAAUACUCGUGUCUGAUGCUGCGAAGACUAUUGUCAAGUGUCGUGU